CAUGAGCCCAUGAGUUACCCUCACACUGUCUAGCGACGCCAAACCCUCCCGGAGAAGAAAGGCCACGCGACGGCGCUGGAGCCGGCGGCCGCUCCCAACCCACGACGCCCAGGAUUGGGUGCAUCAGUGGGCUUCAGCGCAGGGCUUAUUUUCGGCGUCGUUGCCGUCCUCGCGAGGCAGCUCCGGUUCCGAACCCGGCGUCCGCCGCCGCUGGGCCUUGCUGCGCGGUGGGGGAGAAGUUCGCUGAUUGGCCGUGCCGUCGCCGCCGCGGGGCUUCGGGGUCGCGCCCUCUGCAGCCGACCUAUUUUGCCAUCAGGCUUUGCACUUGUGGCUGUUUACAUUCCUAUGAUCCUGUAAAUGAUGCGGGGAAAGCUUUGGGUCAGACUUGCUCCCUUUCUUUCUAAGCGUUAUGUCUCUUCCUCAUCAUCACCAUCAUGCUCGGCAAUCCAACCAUGGCUCUUUGUUGGCCUAGGUAACCCUGGUGAGAAGUACCAAUCCACCAGACACAACGUUGGGUUUGAUAUGAUAGAUGCAUUUGCAGACUCUCAGAACAUAUCCCUAACCAAAAAUCACUUCAAAGCACUAUUUGGUGAAGGGAUGGUUGAUGGCGUCCCUGUUUUGCUUGCCAAGCCUCAAACAUAUAUAAAUCUCAGCGGUGAAUCUGCUGGUGCACUUGCUGCCUAUUAUAAGCUUCCACUCCACCGUGUCGUAGUGGCAUAUGAUGACACAGACCUGCCAUGUGGAGUUCUUCGUUUACAACCUAAAGGGGGAUAUGGACGUCACAAUGGGUUGAAGAGUGUGAUAUACCAUUUUCGCAAGAACCGAGAAUUUGGCCGAUUAAGGAUUGGGAUUGGACGCCCGCCUGGUCAGAUGGAUCCCAAAGCUUUUGUGCUUCAGAAGUUCAACAAGACUGGUCGUGAACGGAUUGAUUCAGCCAUAAAAGAGGGUGCUGACAUCCUGAAGAUGGUGGUCAGCAAGGGUUUGACAGAGGCAGCAAGAGUGGCGAACGUGGAUCAGAAGUACAAGCAUCUGGUAUCACAUGACCAGCAGCUGUUGUAAAGGUGACUACGAACUGCUCCUCUAGAGAAAUGGUCAUGCAUAAUGUGCUCUUCCAGUAUUAUCUAGACGGAAUGCGGAAUUGACCUGAUGUGUAUGGCACCGCUGUGAACAACAACUUCAGGAGUAUUAAUUUUCCACAUCAGUAUCUUCCCAAAAAGAAAA